UUCUCUGUUAGCCAUCGCCACCGUAAGGUCCCAACGUCUUGAAACGCAAUGCUAUGAUGACUUAUCGAGACUCCACGCAUUCACAAGACGGCCGCACUUCCCAAGACAUUCGUCUUCGCCGCUGUGGAAUUCUCUCAGACUAAGCUCUACGUCAAUUCGUUCAUGGCGAUGCUCAACGCGCGCAAUUCUAUCCGCAACCCAAAGACAAACACGCCCGAGGAUAUCAUUUUUCCGACGCUGAAUUCGCUACCGUCCAGUCCAACAGAUGACCGCGAGUCUCCAAAACUUGUGCCGUCCAACCGUCUGCAAUAUGAUUUGGGCAGUACAACCAUCAAUGAUAUACCGACCUCCCCGUCUCUACCGACAACGAAUAUGCACAGGACGGAGGAUACCAGGUUUCAUUACCGAAACGUGCAGGGGCCCGAUGAAGUCCAUGUCCUUGACGGUCGUGUUGACCAUCACGAACAUGCAAGUACGGCGUCAACAUGGGCCAAGGCUGAACCCCUGCACAGCGACGUUGUCUGAGGUGAUUGGGUCCUCGCGUUAACGCGUCAAUUAACGCAAUCAAAAUAACAUCGAGAUCAAAUCUCAAUCCUCAUGUCUUCUGUACCUGCAUCUAUGUUUGAUGUAUUUAUUCUGAAGUCAGCCAAAAUAAAUGCAUAUUGACUGUGAGCAGGCAAAGCAGAGCGCAGUCGUGGCAGGCA